GGCCUGCUGGGCGCCAGCUUCAAGUCCACGGCCUCGGUGCAGGAGCUGGAGGGCGCCGCCGAGUACGAGCGCCUCAGGAAGGAGUACGAGAUCUUCCGCGUGAGCAAGAGCAACGAGGUGGCCUCCAUGGUGAAGAAGGAGGCCAAGCUGGACCGCGAGAACAAGCGGCUGCGCGCGGAGCUCCAGGCGCUUCAGAAAACGUACCAGAAGAUACUCAGGGAGAAGGAGAGCGCCUUGGAAGCCAAGUACCAAGCCAUGGAGAGAGCGGCUACCUUUGAGCACGACCGAGACAAGGUCAAAAGGCAAUUCAAGAUUUUUAGGGAAACUAAAGAAAAUGAGAUUCAGGACUUAUUGAGAGCCAAACGAGAGCUAGAGGCAAAACUUCAGAGACUACAAGCCCAAGGAAUCCAAGUGUUUGAUCCCGAAGAGUCUGAUUCUGAUGACAAUUGUACAGAUGUUACGGCUUCUGGGGCACAAUCUGAGUACUGGAAUGGAGGAGCAUUGGGCAGCGAGCCGUCCAUGGGGAGUAUGAUGCAGCUUCAGCAGUCUUUCAGAGGACCUGAGUUUGCUCAUAGCUCUAUAGAUGUUGAGGGACCUUUUGCGAAUAUAAACAGGGAUGACUGGGAUGCUGCUGUUGCUAGUUUGUUACAGGUUACUCCUCUGUUUUCUCACUCUCUGUGGAGUAACACAGUAAGGUGCUUUAUAAUUAGUACUGAUGAGACUCAGCCAGAAGUGGACAUCUUCAUUAGGAGCUACGCACCAAAACUUCGAAGAAUCUGUGAAACAAUGGGAUACUUCUUUCAAGUUGUUCAUUUUCCAGCAGAAAAUGAAAGUCAUUUUAAGGCUGCAAGGAAAUGGGAAAUUGAAAAAAGUUCGCUAGUCCUUUUGCUCCUACAUUUAACUUUGCCAAGUUGUUUGCUGGAGGACUGUGAAGAAGCCUUCUUGAGAAAUCCAGAAGAAAAGCCCCGGGUGAUUUACCACAGAGUGGAAGAUGGCAAAGACAGCUCAGUCCUGGUGCAGCAGCUAAUUGAGCAGAUUCGUUAUGUGAACAAAGCAAAGACAGUUGACAAUAUGGGAAGUGUUGAAGAAGGAGCAUAUGAAAUCUAUAAUUGUGUGGAAAAGAUAAUUAAACAGGAUAUUUUGGGCUGUGAAAUGACAGAACUAGAAGGCAAGGAUGGAGAUAAUAAGGAAGAGGCCAGUGUUCCUGAAGAAGAAGUAUUUGGUGACGUGUUGUGGGAUGCACAUGAUGAACAAGAACAGAUGGAAGCUUUCCAGCAGGCCUCUAGUUCAACAUGUGAGCUAGGAUUUGAGAAAUAUUUUGAACGUCUGAAUGACCUAGUAGCAGCACCAGCACCUAUUCCACCUCUGCUUGUAUCAGGAGGACCAGGCUCGGGGAAGUCUCUCCUUCUAUCAAAAUGGAUUCAAUUGCAACAGAAGCAUUCGCCAAAUACUCUGAUUCUUUAUCACUUUGUGGGGAGGCCCAUGUCUACCAGUUCAGAGUCUGCACUGAUAAUUAAACGCCUUACUUUAAAGCUUAUGCAACAUUCCUGGCUGGUGUCACCAUUGACACUGGAUCCAGCUAAACUUCUGGAAGAGUUUCCCCGUUGGCUGGAAAAACUUUCUGCACGUCACCAAGGCAGCAUUAUUAUAAUUAUUGAUUCUAUUGACCAAAUACAGCAAGCUGAAAAACAUAUGAAAUGGCUGAUAGAUCCUCUGCCAGUGAAUGUGAGAAUGAUUGUAUCAGUGAAUGUAGAAACGUGCCCCCAGGCUUGGAGGUUGUGGCCCACUCUUCAUCUUGAUCCACUGAAUUCCAAGGAUGUUAAAUCCCUCAUUAGUGCGGAGUGUAACUCUGCAAAUGUUAAGUUGACUAAAGAGCAGGAGAAGAUGCUUGAGAAACAUUGUCGUUCUGCUACAACUUGCAAUGCCUUAUAUGUCACUCUUCUGGGUAAAAUUGUUGCCUGUGCUGGAGGCACCGGAAAUAUUGACGAAACCCUUCAGCAGUGUUUCCAGUGUCAGGACACAGUGUCACUCUACAGGCUUGUUCUGCGAUCAGUUCAGGAGUCUUUGCGGAACGAUAAGGAGAAGGAUCUUUUGAAAGAGGUGCUGUGUGUCAUCGGUGUUAGCCACAACGGUGUGAGUGAGUCAGAGCUGAUGGAGCUUUAUCCUGAACUGUCUUCUGCAAUGCUAGCCUUGCUCGUUCACAGCCUGCACAAAAUGUGCUUGCUCACCUAUGGCUGUGGUUUGCUGAAAUUUCAGCACCUCCAGGCUUGGGAAAUGGUGAAAUUAGAAUAUAUGGAAGGUGAAAAUGCUAUUUCCACCUAUAGACAAAAAUUAGUAGACUAUUUUACCAUGCAGCUAAGUCAAGACCGAGUGACUUGGAGAAGUGCAGAUGAACUUCCAUGGCUCUUCCAGCAACAAGGUGACAAGCAAAAGCUACACAAGUGUCUUUUGAAUCUCUUUGUAUCGCAGAAUCUUUACAAAAGGGGACAUUUUGCAGAAUUGCUGAGUUACUGGCAGCUGGUUGGGAAAGAUAAAAGCUCUAUGGCAGCUGAAUAUUUUGACUCUCUGAAAGAAUAUGAAAAAAGCUGUGAGGGAGAGGAAAGUAUGAUCUGCCUGGCUGAUCUUUAUGAGACCCUGGGACGGUUUCUUAAGGACCUAGGUCUUCUCAGUCAGGCUGUAGCUCCCCUGCAGCGUUCUCUGGAGAUUCGAGAGACCGCGCUGGAUCCAGACCACCCAAGGGUGGCCCAGUCACUCCACCAGCUGGCAGGAGUUUAUGUUCAGUGGAAGAAGUUUGGAAACGCUGAGCAGCUGUAUAAGCAGGCGCUGGAAAUCUCCGAAAACGCUUACGGAGCAGAGCAUCCCCGCGUAGCCCGAGAGCUUGAUGCCCUUGCAACCUUGUACCAAAAGCAGAACAAAUACGAACAGGCUGAGCAGCUGAGGAAAAAGUCCUUCAAAAUACGCCAAAAGGCAGCAAGGCGGAAAGGCAGUUUGUGUGGCUUUGCUCUCCUGCGUCAGAGGGCCCUGCAGCUGGAAGAACUCACGUUGGGCAAAGAUACUCCUGACAAUGCUCGAACCCUCAAUGAGCUCGGAGUCCUUUAUUACCUGCAGAAUAAUCUCGAGACAGCAGAGCUUUUCCUCAAACGCUCCUUGGAAAUGAGAGAGAGGGUCCUGGGGCCCGAGCACCCCGACUGCGCCCAGUCCCUCAACAACCUGGCGGCCCUGUACAACGAGGAGCAGCUCCACGACAAGGCCGAGGAGCUCUACGAGAGAGCCCUGGACAUCCGCAGGAGAGCGCUCGCUCCCGACCACCCCUCCUUGGCUUACACCGUGAAACACCUGGCAGUGCUCUACAAGAAGAUGGGGAAGCUUGACAAGGCUGUUCCUCUGUAUGAACUAGCUGUCGAAAUUCGACAGAAAUCGUUUGGCCCAAAACACCCUAGUGUAGCUACUGCUUUGGUGAAUCUUGCUGUUCUUUACUGUCAGAUGAAAAAGCAGAUUGAAGCUUUACCUCUUUAUGAACGUGCAUUAAAGAUUUAUGAAGACAGCUUUGGCCAUAUGCAUCCUCGUGUGGGAGAGACUCUAAAGAACUUGGCUGUGCUCAGCUACGAAGGGGGGGAUUUUGAGAAGGCUGCUGAACUUUACAAGAGAGCUAUGGAAAUAAAAGAAGCAGAGACUGUGUUGAUAGGUGGAAAAGCAACUUCCCGGCACUCAUCAAGUGGAGAUACGUUCAGCUUGAAAAGUGCUUUGUCACCAAAUGUUUUCCUGGAACAUGGACAAAGGUGAUAGAAAGCUGCUCAAAUGUAAGGACAGUAAUUUGCAUCUAAGUUAGACAUAAA